AGCAUUGCGCAAACAGAGCAGCGGCAGCAGCUUCCGCCGCGAUGCGCAACACGACGCCGUCCGUCUCAAUGGCCCCAUCCGACGAGAAGAAUGUUCUUCUCUCGCCCGGCCAUAUCUACCUCGCUAUAGUCCCUCGCCUUUCUAGCCAAUCGAGGCUUGGCGAUGAUAUUAAAGAGCAGGGAACUUCCGGUGAGGAGAAAUCGUUUCCGCCGCCGGAGGAGAUGCUGAAGGAAGCUGCCUCACUCUUCCGUCUCUCUUUACCCAUUGCGCUUACGGCGCUGCUGCUCUACGUGCGCUCGGUCGUGUCCAUGCUGUUCCUGGGCUCGCUGGGUGACCUCCCCCUGGCCGCUGGCUCCCUCGCCAUCGCCUUCGCCAACAUCACCGGCUACUCCGUCCUGUCGGGGCUUUCGCUCGGCAUGGAACCGCUCUGCUCGCAGGCGUUCGGCGCCAACCAGCCGCGCCUCAUGAGGCUGACCUUCCACCGUUCCGUUCUCUUUCUCCUCUGCUCCUCGUUGCCUAUCGCGCUGCUCUGGCUCAACAUGUCGCGGAUCCUGCUCUUCCUCCGGCAGGACCCGGAGAUCACCGCGCUGGCUCAGGAUUACCUCCUGUUCGCGCUCCCGGACCUCCUCUGCUUCUCCGUCAUACACCCACUCCGGAUCUACCUACGGUCGCAGGGCGUCACUCGGCCGCUCACUACCGCGGCCGCCAUCGCCGCCGCCGUCCACCUACCGGCCAAUUUCCUCCUCGUGAUCCACCUUGGCCUGGGUGCGCCCGGCGUGGCCGCGGCCACCGCUGCCUCUAACCUCGCGCUUGUCCUCUGCCUCCUCCCGCUCGUGCCCCUCGGGCCCACCACGGAGUGCCUCUCGGGAUGGGGCCCGCUGGCCCGCCUCGCCGCCCCCAGUUGCGCCUCCGUGUGCCUCGAGUGGUGGUGGUACGAGCUUAUGAUUCUCCUCUGCGGCCUCCUCCCGGACCCCCGUGCCUCCGUCGCCUCCAUGGGCGUUCUCAUCCAGACCACCUCCCUCGUCUACGUCUUCCCAUCCUCCCUCGGCUUCGGCGUCUCUGCUCGCGUCGGGAACGAGCUCGGAGCCCACCGCCCUGCGCGCGCGCGCGUCUCUGCGACCAUUUCCGUGCUCCUCGCCGCCGCCAUGGGCCUCGCCGCGAUGUGCUUCUCCGCCGCUGUCAGGGAGCGAUGGGGCCAGAUGUUCACUGACGACGCUGACAUCCUGCGGCUGACGGCAGCGGCGCUGCCGAUCGUGGGGCUAUGCGAGCUCGGCAACUGCCCGCAGACCGUCGGAUGCGGUGUCCUGCGCGGCAGCGCGCGCCCGUCGCGCGCUGCGCACGUCAACCUGAGCGCCUUCUACCUCGUAGGGAUGCCGGUUGCCGUCGGACUGGGAUUCUGGCUUGGAAUGGGCUUCGUCGGGCUGUGGAUGGGCCUCCUCGCGGCCCAAGUAUGCUGCGCCGGCCUCAUGCUUCACGCCGUAGGGACCACCGACUGGGAGGCGCAGGCUCAACGGGCCCAGAUGCUGACGCGUGCGACCGCUACCGCAGCCGUCUCGGCUCCGCCGGAGCCGGCGGUGCCGGAGGAAGUGAAGGUAAAGGAACAGGUGGCGCAGAACCGGGGGGAGGAGGGCAGAUUGUAUUAUGAGCCACUGUUUUCGAUCAAGGUGUAUGAGUUGGAGAAGAUGAAACCGGCUAUCUAGAAAAGGUUACUACUAUCUAUUAAUUCAUUGCAAAAUUGCAGUGCUCGACGAUUGUUAAAAAAAAAAGUAAA